CGAAGCUGCAAAGCUUGAUCUGUGCAGCUGGGACGAUGUCUAGACGCCAGGUGAGCCGCCCGAACACUCACAACUGCUUGAACCACCCCAACAGCACGUCCUUUGCAGCCCCAGCUCCAAGCUGGACCCUGAGCUCCAACCUGAAUGGGACCAAUUACCUCAAGCGCCCACGCACCCCAAGUGGCUCCGAGUUCAGCAGCUGCAGUAGCUACUCGGAUCGAUCCUUCCACCCUAGCUCCCCCAGACUCCAACUACAGAAGAUCUGCAUGGGCCAGCCCUACAACUCUAAGUGCGUGGAAACUAGUCCCCUGGCCAAUUAUCCCAACGUGACCAAAAAGCCCACCUAUCACAGCAAUCCCAACUGCCUGCUCUGCACAGAUGGUCCCUCAGGUCCCUCCAGUCCCACAUUCCUGGACCAGCUCAUCAAAGGUAUCAACUACCUGGACCGCUCCACCAACUCCUACAACAGCGGCCCCAAGUCUCUGAGCCUGCCCAGGCUUGCCGCCAACUACCUGGAACGCGCCGCCAAUUCUCUUUACCUGGACCACCUGGAACACUCUCCACCACGCAGUUACUCCACCCCCAAUGCCAGUGCACCCUGCCCCGACACCAGUGCCCCCAGCACCUGCAUAAUGUCAUCCCCCAGAGGUGCCAGCAUCCCACAGUGCCUGGGUGAACCCAGCAGUGUGAGUUGUCAGCGCCAGCCUCCUUCCCGGAGCCUCAACCCUUUGCUCCCCCAGAGGUCAGGUAUAAAACUGCCAGAGCUCCCUUUGUUUGGUAAUGGGCUCUUUUCCUUAAGCAGAUUACCCAAGGUCUGGGAAGCAAUCCGCUCAGGCUGGAGUGCCCCCGAGCCCAUCCCCAAACCCUCUAGCUGGUGGUGAUCCAAACUUCCGCCAUGAGAUGGACAUGUGUCCAACCUGCCAGUUAUGGAAAAUAAAUUGUGGCAAAAUGCUC